AUGUCUAUGAUUACUACUUCUGCCUGGGUGCGACGAGGUGUCGCAGCUCAGUUCCCUACCAAAUAUGAAAUUGACGAGGAGGAAAUGGGUCGCAUAUCGAAGUUGGCGAAGAUGCAACUUGAAGAAGCCCGGGAUGAUUUGAAGGCGGCCCAGGAUGGAAACGAAGAGGAGGAGGAUGAAUCGAUGGAUGAGGAUAAAAAGGAAGCUGGUGACAAUGCUAUGGAGGAAGAUACGGAAAAGACGACUAAGGAAACGAGUACCAUUACUGUUGAUGAUGAUCUGAAGGAAUAUGACCUCGACCAUUACGAUAGCGAUGAGGUUGAUGAAGAUGGCGAGAAGACCACCAUGUUCGGUAAUGUCAAAUCGCUUGCAUACCAUCAGCCCAACGAGGAGGAUCCGUAUCUGGCAAUGCCGGAGGAUGAAGAUAACGACGAGGAGAGGGAAGAGCUGCAGAUUCUGCCGACAGAUAACUUGCUUCUGGCUGGUAAGGUGGAAGAUGAGGUUGCGCAUCUAGAGGUCUAUGUCUAUGAAGACCAGGAUGCUAAUCUCUACGUGCACCACGACAUCAUGUUGCCGGCGAUUCCCCUCUGUUUGGAAUGGUUGGACAUGCCAGUCGGCAAAGCCACCGAGGAACGGACCUCGGGCAACUUCGUGGCAGUGGGUACUAUGGAGCCUGAUAUUGAGAUCUGGGAUCUGGACAUUGUCGACUGCAUGUACCCCAACGCCAUUCUGGGCCAGGGCGCUGCCGAUGCCGAAGAAGCGGCCAAGAAAUCUAAGAAAAAGAAGAAGACUAAGGCCAACGACGAGUUCCAUGUUGACUCCGUUCUGGCCCUGGCUGCAAACCGGCAACAUCGCAAUCUCCUGGCUUCUGCGUCGGCGGACCGAACGGUGAAGCUCUGGGAUCUUAACACCACCAAAUGCGCCAAGUCUUACUCCCAUCAUACGGACAAGGUGUGCUCGCUGGACUGGCACCCCAAGGAGUCGACUGUCUUGCUCACCGGUAGCUAUGAUCGCACGGUGGUUGCGGCGGACAUGCGGGCCCCUGAUGCCAAGGCCCGAUGGGGGGUAGACACGGACGUGGAAAACGUGCGCUGGGACGUGCACGAUCCCAACUACUUCUACGUGACCACGGACGGCGGUAUGGUCUAUCGCUACGAUGUGCGGAACAUCCCGGCCACGCCGAAAGAGUCCAAACCGGUGUGGUCCCUGCAGGCGCACGAUACCUCGGUGUCCGCCUUCGACAUCAACAAUGCGAUCCCCGGGUUCCUGGUGACUGGCUCCACCGAUAAGCAGGUCAAGCUGUGGAACGUCGAGAACGAGAAGCCCAGCAUGGUCGUGUCGCGCAAGCUGGAAGUCGGCAAGGUCUUCUCGACCACUUUUGCCCCGGAUGCCGAGACAAGCUUCCGAUUGGCGGUGGCUGGUAGCAAGGGCGUGGUGCAGAUCUGGGAUACGUCGACCAAUGCCGCGGUGCGCCGGGCGUUUGCGUCGCGGGUGCCUGAACUAGAAGGCGAGGUGCAGGAGCGCACCGUGGGACUGCAGGCGGAUGAGAAUGAGUCGGACGACGAGGAAGGCGGCGCGGAGGUUGGGGCUGCUGCUGCCGGCGGAGCGGAUGGCUGGGAAUCGAUGGACGAAGAUUGA